AAGGCGACGUCGUCCCACGCCCAGAAGCUAUUCUUUUAUGAUUAAUCUCCAAGUAGAAAUCUUAUAUUCCCGUAGGCAUUUGGGGGCCAACCCGUUUGUGUGCGAUUGCAACUUGGCUUGGCUGGCGUCUUACUUGACCGAAAACCCCAUCGAAACGUCGGGGGCUCGAUGUCAGGAUCCAGCCAAGCUCUCCAGGAAGCCUUUCAAUCGGCUGAAACAGGAGAGUUUCAAAUGCACCAAUGAAUUACGGUCCCGCUAUAAUGGGCGCUGCAACGAGGCCGACCUCUGCCCUGCCCAGUGUCGCUGCGAAGGGACGCGGCUGGACUGCUCAGGCCGGGACUUGACGUCUCUGCCCACGGACAUACCCCCAGCCACCACCCACCUGGACCUGAGUUACAAUCAGCUCUUCUCGCUUGAUGGGACCACAAGCCUUGCUGAGCUCAAGGAACUCACCCAUCUCGACCUCUCCCAUAACCGCCUCACUUCCCUCAGCCCGGAUUUCUUCAGAGGGACAAGAGCGCUCACGCAUCUGUCGACACAGGGAGGGUAG